GUUUCUGUUAUGUGUCCUAAUGAACACAUCCCUGCUGGGCGUGCGACUCUUCUUCAGGCACAGUCGGGCCAAGACGUGUUUCAUAAACACAGGACCAGGGAAAAUGGCAUCGCAGAGAAAACACAGGGUGGACGCUCCCCAAGCCCUGGCUCCAGCAGCCUGCCUCGGUGUCCUCCUCCUAGUCCUAACUGUGACAGCCAUGGGCAGUCAUAUUCCUAGUACCAGUCUGCUGUGUAACUUCUGCCCACUACAGCACAAAGGAAGGUCCUGCAGUAACGAUUCCACCACUGAGUGUCUCCCGCAAGAGCGCUGUGGUACUAGCAGUGGGCGUUUCGGUUCCACUCACAUCCUGUCUGCACAGGGCUGCUUGACCCCUGACCUCUGUAACUCCACCCAUGCCGUGACCUACCGAGGGGUCAGCUAUAAUGUGACAUACAGGUGUUGCUGUAGUGACAAGUGUAACCAGCCUCCAGCCCCUGACACCUACAUUAAGAGUCUGUUAGGAGUGACGUUGGGGCACAGUGAGAAGCCUCCUUCUUCCGCGACGGAUAGAUGCCCUGGAGAUGAGGAUGAGGACGUGGCGGAGGAUGACGCCGUGGCUCUGCUACACGGAGAAAACGACAUGAAUUCCAUCUAUAAAGUCCUCUCAGAUCUCCAGGAGUGGCUAAAGAGUAGUGGCUAGGGGUCCGUCUGGAAUUCAGCCAUACUUGUCACUGGGGGACGGGCCUGUUAGCCACAGUCCCUGUCCCCACCCUCAUGCAAGGGAUGGGCCUGUUAGCCACAGUCCCUGUCCCCACCCUCAUGCAAGGGAUGGGCCUGUUAGCCACAGUCCCUGUCCCCACCCUCAUGCAAGGGAUGGGCCUGUUAGCCACAGUCCCUGUCCCCACCCUCAUGCAAGGGAUGGGCCUGUUAGCCACAGUCCCAGUCCCCACCCUCAUGCAAGGGAUGACACUUAUUCUAGUAGAUGUUUUAUUUCCAGUGUAAAAUGUGCUUAUUUAUUCAAUUAUUUGUAAUAACUGACGUAAAGUGUAAUCUAUGUUUUUAGUGAUGUUGCAAUAUUGCCGUGUGGUAAAAGCUGUAGUUCUCAGUUUGGUAGCUGGUGAAUGGCGUGAAUACAGAAAGCAUGUUGAAGUACCUGUCCAGUGUCUCCAGGUUUCUAUGAAAUAUUACAAUGAGUGAAAUAAUGUUCCUUCCAAAACAAUGGGGAAUUAAAGAACCAGUGCAGUAAAAAAGAAA